CCUUGGAGCCUGCAUGCGCGCAACCCGCUGCCUCCCCAUCCUGCGCGUCGCUGCGUGCUCGUCCCCGAGUAAUAAAGAGAAAAGAGGAAAAGGAAGAAGAGGAAGGAGAGAGAGAGAGAGGGAGUGAAGGCAUGGCCAGAUAUCACAGCGACAAAAGAGAGAGAGAGCGCGGUAGAGAGACCUUGAGCGGGGCUAAGAGAGAGACGGAGUGAGAGAAGGAAGGCUGCAGACUUCCAGAGCAGAGAGGAAGAGGAGAGGAGGAAGGAGAGACACAGAGAGAGAGAGAGAGAGAGAGAGAGGAGUCUCCAUCUUCGCCAUUUCAAUCAUGACUCUGGAAGACGGCGUCUGAAAUUCUGUUUGGUUUAAAGAUUCUUCAGCUACAGCACCAGCAGCAGAUUGAGGUGGUGCCACACAGCUACAGCCAGAUGGAGGUGAAUGCAGUUGAAAAACGCCAUCGAACACGAUCCAAAGGAGUCCGAGCUGCCGUGGAAGCAGUAACACAAGAGUUAUUCAGCUGUCCGACCCCCGGCUGUGAUGGCAGCGGUCAUGUCAGCGGGAAGUACGCCAGACACCGCAGCGUCUACGGCUGCCCACUAGCCAAAAAGAGGAAGGCUCUGGAAAAACAACCGCUGGAGCCAGCUGCCAAGAGGAGGCCCUUCCUCACCUCCUGCCCAGGUGAGGAGGAGGAUGCUGGCGCCUACGCCGGCUACGUGAAUGAAGCCAUGGAAGUGGGGCAGGUGGGGAAGGAGCAGGGGGAGGUAGUGGAAGAGGAUGAUGAGGAUGAGGAUGGGGAGAGAGAAGGGGAUGAGGAAGAAGAUGGGGAGGUGGAGGACGAGUUCUCUGAGGACAACGAGGAGCAGGGAGAGGAGGAGGAGGAAGAAGAGGAAGAAGAGGAGGACAUAGAGGUUGGUAGAGCAGAUACAACUAUAGGGGCUGCACAGGCAGAGGAUGAGGAGGGGAUGGAUGAGGAAGAGGAAGAUGUGGACGAUGGUGAUGAUGAGGAGGAGCAGGAGGACGAGGCAGAGGAAGACGAACAGGAAGAGGAAGAGGAAGAGGAGGAGGAACUGCAGACUCGUCAGCAGGAGAACCACUACAAACCCAGUGCACAAUCAAAGCUCAUUCCAAUUCAGAAGGACGACAACAACAACAGCUGCACCAUCAGCGCAGGUAACGGCACCGGUGAGGAGUACGAGAACUACGACGAGCUGGUCGCCAAGUCACUGCUCAACCUUGGCAAGAUCGCCGAGGAUGCUGCCUACCAGGCCAUGACUGAGUCCGAGAUGAACAGCAACUCCUCCAACAGUGCUGGCGAGGACGACGACUACGAGGAUGACGACGGCAGCGAACAGGGCGACAGGAAGGGCGAACUGAGCGUGGACUUGGACAGCGAUGUGGUCAGAGAAACGGUGGACUCCCUGAAGCUUCUGGCACAGGGUCACGGCGCCAUGCUGCCUGAAGACGGCUACCCAGAGAGCACCAUGGUGGAUGACGGCUGCCAUGCAAACGGGCGGCCCGGCGUGGGGUUGAGAGGUCAGGCAGAGGAGAGCGAGGAGGAAGUGUGUCUCAGCAGUCUGGAGUGUCUGAGGAACCAGUGUUUCGAUCUGGCUCGGAAGCUGAGUGAGACGCAGCCGUCUGAUCGUCCUGCCCUCCACGCCCUCCACCACCAGCUCCAGAAUCCAAUGGACCAGCAGGGGGUGCACCACCUGAGCAGGUAUGACAGCUGCCAGCAUGGUGCCCAGGAGGAGCCCAGGUCUCUGGAGCGCAGCUACUCUGACAUGGUGAACCUAAUGAAGCUGGAGGAGCAGCUGAGCCCGGCGUCCAGAGGCUACCCAACCAGCUGCAGCCAGGAGGGCGACGAGGACACCACGUCGGUGGCCUCCGACCGCUCGGACGAGACCUUCGACAUGGCCAAAGGAAACCUGUCACUGCUGGAGAAGGCCAUCGCUCUGGAAUCAGAGAGGGCGAAGGUCAUGAGGGACCGAAUGACCUCAGAGCACACGAUGCCCCGUCGGGAUCACCAUCACCAUCGUGGCCACGGCGAGCAUAGCCCGAGGCUGAGCAGCGCUGCAGAGGAGCGCAAGUCCAGGAUGCAGCAGGAUGGGUUGAAGAGGGCGUACUACCCUAAAGACUCUUCCAGGGGGGAGAAGAAAGAGAGCAAGUGUCCGACGCCAGGUUGCGAUGGGACUGGCCAUGUGACGGGUCUGUACCCGCAUCACCGCAGCCUGUCCGGGUGUCCCCACAAGGACCGAGUCCCGCCUGAGAUCCUUGCCAUGUAUGAAAAUGUUUUAAAGUGCCCUACUCCUGGCUGCUCUGGACGGGGUCAUGUCAAUAGCAACAGGAACUCGCAUCGCAGUCUGUCCGGCUGUCCCAUCGCUGCUGCAGAGAAGAUGGCAAAGGUCCACGAGAAAAGUCACUCAACUGACAGCGGCAGCAAGACCAAUCAGACGUCAGACCGUGUCCUCAGGCCGAUGUGUUUCGUCAAGCAGCUGGAGAUUCCUCAGUAUGGCUACAAAAACAACGUUCCCACCAGCACACCUCGGUCCAACUUGGCUAAGGAGCUGGAAAAAUACUCAAAGACCAGUUACGACUACGGCAGCUACGACAGUCAACAUGGAGGCUACGGAAAAAGAGGCCCGACAACCAAGUCCCAUCACGGGCGAGACACCUCCCCGAAGGGAUAUGAUGCUAAGCGCUACUGUAAGACGUCCAGCCCGGCCAGCAGUACGACCAGCAGCUACGCUCCCAGCAGCAGCAGCAGCCUGAGCUGUGGAGGAGGAGGAGGUGGGGGAGGAGGGGGAGGAGGGGGAGGAGGAGGAGGGAGCAGCGCCAGCAGCACCUGCAGUAAGAGCAGCUUCGACUACACCCACGACAUGGAGGCGGCCCACAUGGCAGCCACGGCCAUCCUUAACCUGUCGACAAGGUGCCGGGAGCUCCCGCACGCUCUGGGAGGGAAACCCCAGGACCUGCUGACACAGAGUCCAGUUGGCGAUCUGGACGACAGCGGUGCGGUGGAUGUGGCCGGUCAGCCUGGUGGUCCGGAGGGCAGCGGGACAGUGUUGACCCCCCUGCAGCCGAUGUCGCCCCAGCGGCAGGCACUGCUCAGCAGCCGCUGUUACCAGCUGAGUGACACCGACUGCUGGGACCUGCCCGUCGACUACACCAAGAUCAAACGGCUGGGAGACGAGCAGGACCACAAAGAGUCGGCUUAUUUCUCGUCCCUACACCAGAGCGACGAGCUGGAUCCCUUCCAGGACCUGCUGGACGAGCAGCGCUACCCAGCCGAGGUGACCAUGCCCAGCCCCAAACACCACAAAUACCCGCCCUGCAAGGAGAGCAAGAAGGAGCUCAUCACAUUGUCGAGCUGUCAGCUGGCCGACAAGAACAUCCGUGCGAUGAUGACGACCAACUCACAAGAACUCAAGUGUCCAACCCCCGGCUGUGACGGAUCUGGACACAUCACUGGAAACUAUGCCUCCCACAGGAGUCUGUCCGGAUGUCCACGAGCCAAGAAAAGUGGCAUCAAAAUCCUCCACAGCAAAGAGGACAAGGACGACCAGGAGCCAAUCAAGUGUCCAGUACCCGGCUGUGAUGGACAGGGUCAUGUGACAGGAAAGUAUGCCUCUCAUCGCAGUGCGUCAGGCUGCCCCCUGGCGGCAAAGAGGCAGAAGGACAGCUAUGUCAACGGCCCGCAGUUCGUCUGGAAAUCUGGGAAGACAGAUGGCAUGUCCUGUCCGACCCCAGGAUGUGAUGGCUCAGGACAUGUCAGUGGGAGCUUCCUGACUCAUCGGAGUCUCUCCGGUUGUCCUCGUGCCACCUCAGCCAUGAAGAAGGCCAGGAUGAGUGGUGUGGAAAUGCUGACAAUCAAGCAAAGAGCAAGCAAAGGCAUCGAAAACGAUGAAGAAAUCAAACAGCUGGAUGAAGAAAUCAAAGAUCUGAACGAGUCAAACAAUCAAGUUGAAUCGGACAUGAUUAAACUGAGGACACAAAUAACCACCAUGGAGACCAACCUGAAGUCCAUUGAGGAGGAAAACAAAGUGAUCGAACAGCAGAACGACUCUCUGCUGCAUGAGCUGGCCAACCUCAGCCAGUCGCUCAUCAACAGCUUAGCUAACAUCCAGCUGCCUCACAUGAGACCGCUGCCACAGAAAGAGGCUCCAGUAAAGCAUAACUGCUGUUUACAGAUGCCUCCCAGAGUAAGAGAUCCAUUUACGGAACCAAUGAAUGAACAGAACUUUGACACUUAUGUGAGUACGUUGACAGACAUGUACACCCACCAGGACCAGUACCAGAGCCCGGAGAACAAGGCGCUGCUGGAGAACAUCAAACAGGCCGUUCAGGGCAUCCAGGUGUAGCCCUGUCUGAGGCCGAAAUAGCAAAUGCAAAGCAAAAACAACAAAGGAAAAAAAAGGGUGAAAAAGAGAGGAUGGGUUGUUUUUUGCUGCUGUAAUCUACCAUAGUUCUUUUAUUUCUUCUGCGGUUAUGCUCUCAACUCCAUGGGUCUCUUUUUUAUUAUGUUGAUUGUUGUUGCCUUGCUUUGAAAAACGUUUUAACAAACAUUCACGUUUUGUACAUUUUCAUAUGACCUAAUAUAAUGUGAUGUACUGUUUAUAGCUGCUAAUGUAUGCACAUUCUAGUGUAUAUGUAUGUAUUUAUUUAUUGUAAGCUUGAAUCAUUUCUUAUUUUAACGCAAUUUACAUACAUCAAAAAACUGGGCGUCACGGGUUUAACAGGGAGCAAAGCGGCGAGUGGAACAGGAAGAGCAAUCAUUUCUGAAAGGCUUUUCUCACGAGCUGUAAAGCCGGAAGUUGUUCACUGACUUUUUUUUUUGUUUUGUCUCAAAGUGGACACUAAUGUUACUGUAAACCUUUAGCUAAAUAUAAUGAGAAGAACCAAUGCUGUAAGCAACAAGAGGAUUUCAAACAUCAUGACACGGAAACUUUCUGGUGCAAAUCCCAUCAUCCCCUUCGGAGUUGUUUCAUUUCAAACUGUCCUGUUCUGCUUUUUCUUUGUUCGUGCAAAGAACGAAGUGCGAAGAACAAUGGCUAUAGAAAAUGUAGGAGACAAUCUGCUCGUGUGAAUUUAUUUUAAAUCAUCAAGUAGCUAAUAGGACAGCGUGUCAGCAAUAUUGGUAUGAUAAUAUUAAAUCCUUUCUUUAGAUAUGGGAUGCAAUCUAUAUGAGAAAAUGUUUGGGUAUAUGCAAUUUCUUAUGAAUAAAACUAGCAAAGUGCUGAUAGAUCUUUUUACUAACUAUAAAUGUAUUGCGUUUUGUAUAAACCUUUUACUACAAUCAUGUUUUAGGAAUCUGACACGGGUGAAAGGACUUUGGUUCUGUCAUGUUCGACUUUGCACAGGGACACCUUUGUUUCCAUGUUUUGAUGUUUUUAUUGUCGAUUAAGAGGCACUUAGCAGGCAAAAGGAUCUGUAGAUACGACUUUCCUUUCUAAAGGCUGACGGCUCCGCUGGACUUACAGGGUCAAACGUCCCCAUUCGUCAUUGUAUAUUGCACUCGUUCUGUAGAAAACGUCUUUCCAAUCAUGCAUCUUAUUGUCUGAGCCACAGUGGGACAUGAUGCCAGACGACAUGAUGACCAAGCACCGCUUUUUUAAAAAAAGAAUUAUCUUUGUUAUUGAAAAGGUGAAUGAAAACUGGAGCCAGCAGUCGUAACGCGAUGUCUGUGCACUGAAUUUACCGACUGAGUAUUUGCUCUAAAUGGGCCUUAUGAUGACAUUCGGUCUGAAAUCACAGUACUGAUGGAGUAUGUUUUCUGAACACCGUCGAUCAUGCAUGCACUUUAUUGGAGUAUGUUAAAGUAUUAUCACGUGGUAAAUGAAGCAAAAACUGUACAGCGAGUUUGUGGAAACUGUGACUUCGACAAGACUUUGUGCUGGCUGUUUGACAUCAACCUGGAGCAAAUUUUACUGAGCUGAUGUGUGAUUUGAAGGAAAACUCCCCCUCUGAUCUCCUUACACUGUCGAUCUUCCCUACGCCACAGUUGUGUUAUCUUUUUAAAGACCUUAAAUACUGAACCACACUGACUUCUGUCUGUAACAUCACCCUUCAAGGUCUCCUUUUCAGUAUGUAGCAGUGUUUAAAAACAUGAAUGCGAUACAAAAAAGAAUCUACAGUAAACUUCUAAUCAUCUAGGUCAGAAGUGGAUGCAAAUUCUACACCGCAUUUUAAUAUGGUGAUUAAAAACAGGAGGAGAGAUUAUAUAGGAGUCCCAUUUGAUUUUCUGUGCAGACAAUGCUACUGUGGUUGUGAUGAAUAAAUAGGUGCUGUGCGACCCCUAACAAGAGAAGUUAGAACUAGCCCUCCGUUGUGCCAAAUUAAUGGAAAAAAGCAUGAUUUGAAAAAGGAAAUAAUUCAAACUUUCAUAGUAUUGCAUCAUCCAAGAACUUCAUGUGAUUCUAAAUUGAGGAACAUUGACGAUAUUAUUAAAAUAAAUUUUUGAAAUGGGAAUGUCUAGUUGGGGAAAACAUCUAGAAUUAGCAACUUCUCCAUCUUUGUUGCUUAACAAUAGCAGUUGAAGUGAUGCAAAGGUCAGUGAGUAGAAAGUUGAGCAAUAAGUGAAAGUCAGCUUCAUUGUCAAUUCUUCAAUAUGUACAUGACAUGCCAGGAAUCGAAAUUAAUGACUCUCUCUUCGUGCAACAGUAGACAUUAAACACUUAGAAGGUUCUGAGAUAAAAGAAAUCGUAUAAAUUUAGAAAUGUAAUGUGCAAAAUAAGAUAUAAAAAGGAAAAAACUAUGUAAAUUAAGAACUAGAGAGCAAAAAGCAGGUAAACUAAGAACAAACUAAAUUUGAAUGGGUUUCUACACAAUCAUCCAGUUUUAAAUGACAAUUGCCCUAUAAAUAACUGUCAUUAACAAUGCGUCUUUUUCUGAUCAUGUUUUGCCUCUAUUAGUUUUAGAUUAGUGGUGUUGGCAUCUUUGAACACCAUCUUUUUGCUCCAAAUUGACAAAUCCUCCAAGUUAACGGACUCCAUGGAAGUGAUUGAAAAAUUACAUUUCUGUUAGUUUUAUCCGACUGUUGUAAAAAACGGUGAAUGGAAAUAAUUCUGACGUCUAAACUCACGCUAUCCUGAUGAAGAUGAUCUGAUUGUAUCAGUGAUCUACUCUUCUCAAAUUUAAAAACUAAUUCCCACUUUUCGUGGAACUUACUGGGAACAUUUUUAGGUGAGGCAACAUGGGGUCGGAUUGCUAUGGUGCUAAAAACUGGAUAUGGCCUGUCCUUCCUGAUUUAACCUCACUCUUUUUUAAAAUGAAAUUCAUUUAAUGACUCAUUACGGUCGAUCAGAUACCAGAUCUGCUUAAUAAAACCAGCAUUGGCUUAAAUACUGAUCUGACAUUGCGCAUCACUCUUUUCUUAGAACAUAUUUUUAAGCAUAACACAAACUGGAUACCUCUCAACUGCAUUCAGGUGCAGACAAAAAAAGACUAAGAUAUACAUCAUCACUAUAGAUGAGGUAAAAAUAUUUUUAUCUAGUCCUUUUUUGUAAUUAUCGGUGAACCGACCCUUAAAAUAAAGUAGCAGUCUCAAACUUCCACAUAUAUGAAAUAUGUCAGUCAGAUUUUUAAUAAUUGUAAAUGCAUGACACGAUGAAUCUUUGCUAAGAUUAUAAAAUGCCACAGUAGGGAGAACAAACCAAACUGCAAGCAGGGGGAGUUUUCCUUUAGAGAUGUUUCUUCUUUGGACAUGUACUGCAAAGUGUCAUUCCCUGACUUUACAUCUAUCCAGAGCUUUGCGUCUGCAGCUUCCUGCCAGUAAACUACUGCAUUAGAUAGACUGACAGCUUGUAUUUUUAUUUAGACAGUUAUUCUUACUGAUAACAAAGGAAAUGGGAAUUAAAGCACAAUUCUGCCACUUAAAGACAGUCAAUAGACUAGAUAUUGUAAUAUCAGAUGUAAAAGCUAAACUGUAACUAUUUACAUAGAGAAUCUCAACACUAACAUGUGACAUGCUAGAAUGCAAAAGAAAUCCAUAUGAAUAUUUGUGAAAUCAUCAGUUUAUGAAACUGUUUUUUUUUCAGCAGUGCACUGAUAAGGGGUUUUUAUACAACAUUCGUUUUCUCUCCUUUUACCCCUUUUUCUCUGUUACUCGCAAACUUUCGACAACAGUUUUCUUACCACAUGGCAUGGGUUUUCGUUGAUAUUUUUGCUGUAUGUUUAAGGUCACGAGUUGCUACGUGAUAUUUUAAUUUGACUUGUGAAGUUUGUACAAUUUUUAUCAUGCUGGUGUUGGCAUCUCUUGCUCUGAAUAAAUCUUGUGUUGCAACACUGA